AUGGCUCUAUUCAACGUUUCAAAGCCCGCCUUGUUGCAAAUGGAUUCCAUCAAUAACCUGGACUCGAUUAUGCGAUCUCUUUAUGGCCUCAAACAAGCCCCUCGGGCAUGGUUUCAAUGUUUCUCUUCGCACUUGGAAGACUUGGGUUUCUCGCCUUCUCAGGCUGACACAUCUCUUUUCAUUUAUCUUAAUGGCUCUAUACGCAUUUAUCUGCUUAUCUAUGUCGAUGAUAUUUUGGUCACAGGGAAUGAUAUGUCUCAUAUUGCUCGGUUGAUUGCUGACUUAGGACGUCGUUUCGCUAUGAAAGAUUUAGGCCUUGCUAAUUAUUUCCUCGGCAUGGAGAUUGUCCAGACAUCGGAUGGCUUAUUUCUUUCUCAACAAAAAUAUGUACAGGAUCUUCUAUUGCGUACCAAAAUGGCAACAGCUAAACCUGUUCAUACCCCCGAUGUUAGCGGUCGCAGGCUCAGCCUUCAAGAUGGAGACCCUCUUCCUGAUCCGACAGAAUACCGAAGUGUUGUAAGUGUUCUCCAAUACCUUACUCUCACUCGUCCUGACAUUGCAUUUGCGGUCAACCAAGUCUGUCAAUUUAUGCAUCAACCCACUUCUAUCCAUUGGUUGGCUAUCAAACGUAUCCUACGAUAUUUGGUUGGUACUUCCUCUCAUGGUAUUACAUAUAAACCUGGCUCCAUUAUUCUCACUGCUUAUUCUGAUGCCGAUUAUGCCGGCGAUCCUGAUGACCGGCAUUCCACUAGUGGAUAUUGCAUUUAUAUUGGUUCAAACCUUGUCUCUUGGAUCUCCAAGAAACAACGUAGGGUUUCCCGUUUAAGAACCGAAGCGGAGUACUGUCAGCUUGCCUACACUGCUGCUACAAUUUCAUGGUUCCGUAAGCUUUUUCGUGAUCUUUGCCUUCCACUGUCUUAUCUAACAGUCCUUUGUGAUAAUAUUAGCGCAUAUCCUUAG